AUGGAUGGCCCACCUCCGCCGCCUCCACCCCCUCACGGCGCGAAUCCCAAGUCAUCGAGUGGCUCAGGGCUGCCACCGGGCAACUACGACAUAUUCAUAAUCCCUCCACACUCCUCCGGGGGAGGCUUUCUGUACCUACCUUCUCUCCAGCCGCAACGGAACAGCUUUCUCGCAGGUGUAGCCUGUACACUUUUAGCCGUCGGAGUCUGGACAAUUGUAGAACCUGUGGUCAAGCAAUGGUUCGCCUCAACAAUGUCGAAUAUCUCCAGUGGAGGUGGAGGUGGAGGGGUAGUCCUGUUGGUUAUCGGAGUCGGUAUCGCAGGCUGGGCAUGGGGCAAGACUCAGAGCGAGCAUCCGGCUGCUGGUAGCGGAGACGGACCAAGGGGGAGUCAAGCAGGCGGUGCCAGUCCGAGGCCGGGAGCAGGCUCCCACACUCACUCAGGCGGCUACCAACAAACGGGCAGUGGCUUCCCUGGCGGUGGCCCUCCUCCUCCACAGAACCCAGGCGGUGGACCAGGUUAUGGACCGCCUCCACAUAGUCACCACCAGCGCCAGCACGAGCAAUGGCCUCCUCCGCCGCCGCCGCCUCCACGACCACCUUCACCCCCUUUCUCUGAACCGGACGCGGAUCCCAAAUCACCACCAAAGCCUGAGAGCAAUCGCAGCUCGUCGGCCAGUUGGGAGAAGGCACGCGAGGAGACCCGGAAGAGGGAGGAAGAGCGGAAGCGACAAGCGGAGGAGAAACUACGGCAAGAGGAGGAAGGGCGGAAACGAAAGGAAGCCGAGCAGGCAGCUAAAGCCGCAGAGGAGAAGAAGAAGUGGGAGACGGCAAGAGCACGGGAAAAGGAGGCCGCCGCACGGGCGCAGCGGGAACGAACCGCUCAAGAGCGGGUAAAGAAACUGCGGGAAGAGCAGGAAGCCAGAGAGAAGGAGGCCAGGGAGAAACUAGAGUGGGAAAUCCGAGAAAAGGUCGAGGCAGAAGCUGCAGCCACAAAGGCCAAGGAGGACGCAGAGAGAGCAAAGGCCGACGCCGAGAAGGCCGCGAAAGCCAAGGCCGACGCCGACCGAGCGGAGAGGCUCAAAGCCGUCCGCGAGCGCGCCGAGAAGGCAAAGCAGGAACGCGAAGCCGCCGCCAAAGCGAAAGCCACGCAAGAAGCACCUCCCCCUAAGCCGCCCGCUCCCCCCUCCGCAAGAUCUCCUCCCUCAACCAGAACCUAUGGCGUCGGCGAACGCACCGACCCAUACGCUCCCGCAGCUCCCCCACCUAGAGUGCCUUACGAGAAACCAUCCGCAAAGUCCUACGUCGGCACCGACUCCCCCUCCGCCUUCCGCCCCUACGACACCGCGACCCCCCAACCCCGCCCGAACCACGCAAAAUCGACCUCCUCGUUCUCAUCCUCCUACACCUCCUCCUAUGCCCCCAGCGCCACGACCGCCCGCACAACCCCGCCCCCCAGCCACCGCGGGCCCUACUCAACCUCUGACCCAGACAAGAUCGUGAUCAAAGCCGUCUACCUCUUCAGCAACCUCUUCCCGAAGCCCGCCGCCGAGCUCGUCGCAGGCGUGGACCGCGUAACCGACGGCCUGAUCCUUCGGAUGACGACCGAGGGCCUCUUCAUCGACGACGACGUCCGCGACGUCGCGCAGCGUGAGUGGGACGUCAAGGCGUGGACGGUCAAGGGCAUCGAGAUCUUUUGUUCCAAGGCGCCGGCGGGGCUGCUGCCCGUGGGGAGCGGCGAGCGCGAAGGAGCCAAGGAGCACGCGGGGCUGCGGUUUUUCUCGGGCCAGACGGGGGGGAAUGGCGGGCCGGGGAAACUGAGCCCGGAGGAUACGGAUUUGGCGGUUGAGAAACUCUUGAGGAGUUGUAAGGCGAGUUGCUCGGGGGGUGUGGCGGGGGAUCAGAAGAGUGGGCUGCAUGUCUUGAGAGCUACUAUUAAGGAUCAGGAGGGGCGGAAAUACGUCUUUUUGAUUGAUGAGACGGAGGGGUGGAAAGUUGCUGUGGGACUGCAGAGGAUGAGAAGAGGGAGUAUGGUGAGGGGCAUGGCGGUUGUGGGAAUGCCGGCGAUGGAGGUGAGGAGGUUGGCGGCGUUUUGGACGCCGCCGCAGUAG